GCGUUGUCGACAAGAGAGAGCAAAAAGCGACUAGUCCCCUUCAGAGCAGCUCAUUUAGUGUGUGAUCGUCAAGGAGUACAGUCUCGGCGUUCUUUGAUUGUUGCCCGUUUGUGUCUUCUUUCUGUGCUUUGAGGAGAAAAAAGCAGCAGAAGAACAGAAAAAAAGGAGUGAAGUGUGAAAAACAGACAAGUUUUAAAACUCGAAUUUAAGAGCAGCCCUCGCCGAAGUUUCUCUGUUAAUUUGUUAAGAAACAAAAAAAACCUUUCACCAUGAGAGAAAUCGUCCACAUCCAAGCCGGUCAGUGCGGAAACCAAAUUGGAGCUAAGUUUUGGGAAAUCAUCUCCGACGAACAUGGAAUCGACGCCACCGGAGCCUACCAUGGUGACUCAGACCUGCAGCUGGAACGCAUCAACGUGUACUACAAUGAAGCCUCCGGCGGCAAAUACGUGCCACGUGCCGUGCUAGUCGAUUUGGAACCCGGUACCAUGGACUCCGUCCGCUCGGGGCCAUUCGGACAGAUCUUUCGCCCGGACAACUUCGUCUUCGGACAGUCCGGUGCCGGUAACAACUGGGCCAAGGGACACUACACCGAGGGUGCCGAACUGGUCGAUUCAGUGUUGGACGUUGUCCGCAAAGAAGCCGAAUCGUGCGACUGCCUGCAAGGAUUCCAGCUGACCCACUCGCUCGGAGGUGGUACCGGCUCCGGUAUGGGCACACUGUUGAUCUCGAAAAUCCGCGAAGAAUACCCCGACAGAAUCAUGAACACAUACUCAGUUGUCCCCUCGCCAAAAGUAUCAGACACCGUCGUAGAACCGUACAACGCCACCCUCUCAGUGCACCAGCUGGUCGAAAACACCGACGAGACGUACUGUAUCGACAAUGAAGCCCUGUAUGAUAUCUGCUUCCGCACCCUGAAGCUCACAACCCCAACCUACGGUGAUCUGAACCAUCUCGUGUCACUGACCAUGUCCGGAGUUACCACCUGCCUGCGUUUCCCUGGUCAAUUGAAUGCUGAUCUCCGAAAACUGGCUGUCAACAUGGUUCCAUUCCCACGUCUGCACUUCUUCAUGCCUGGAUUUGCCCCACUCACCUCCCGCGGAUCGCAACAGUACCGUGCCCUCACCGUCCCAGAACUGACCCAACAGAUGUUCGAUGCCAAGAACAUGAUGGCCGCCUGCGACCCACGACAUGGACGAUACCUGACAGUUGCCGCCGUUUUCCGAGGACGCAUGUCGAUGAAGGAAGUCGAUGAACAGAUGCUGAACAUCCAAAACAAGAACAGCAGCUACUUCGUUGAAUGGAUCCCCAACAACGUUAAGACCGCCGUCUGUGAUAUUCCUCCACGAGGACUGAAGAUGUCUGCCACCUUCAUCGGUAACUCGACCGCCAUCCAGGAACUGUUCAAGCGUAUCUCCGAACAAUUCACUGCUAUGUUCCGUCGUAAGGCUUUCUUGCAUUGGUACACUGGUGAGGGUAUGGAUGAGAUGGAAUUCACUGAAGCCGAAAGCAACAUGAACGAUCUGGUGUCCGAAUAUCAGCAAUACCAGGAAGCCACCGCCGACGAGGAUGCUGAAUUCGACGAAGAACAGGAAGCUGAAGUUGACGAAAACUAAACUAAUUGAGCUCUCACUCACACACACGAACCUGCCUCCCCUUCUAUACAAAUCUCCCCAUCCCCCUCAAAGGGAAACUCUACUCUCUCAUUCCAAAAAAAAAAAAACUUUCCUCUAUCUGCGCCACUUCUACUACUAAUCUCAAAAAGUACCAAUUCAGAGAGAAUGCAACGUUCUUUUUUCGAAAAGAAAAACGAAAAAGUAUCGAUCAGGAGAGAAUACAACAUCAUCAAGCGAAAACCACAAAACAACAGCAGAAAUGUGAAGAAAAAAAUGCAGCAGCAGUAACACCAACAAAACAGCCAGCGCAGCAAAACAAAAAAUCCUACAAAACAACUAAAAAAGAGUCGAAAAAAUAGCAAGAGAAAAGUCGCAAAAUUAGUAACCACUGCCAGCUCAGCAAAAAAGAAAAGAAUAAAAGUGAAGUAAUUUAAAAAAAAACGGAAAACAAACUAAAAUCAA